AUGCACCGCGACACAGAUCAGCCGAGUCUCAAGUCACAAGAUACCAAGGAGAUCUCGGAAAUGCCAGCCAAGACAGACAGAGAUGCUGUUGAAUGCGGAUCAAUUUCUCCUGGCGGUGUUACCGUCCAGACACUGAAGCCGUUCACGACACUAUCUGCUCUUGGUAUUGGCUAUGGCACAACCAACACUGCCGUUGGACUACUUCUCGUCCUUGGAAGUACUCUCCCAAUGGGUGGUACACCUCUCUUCUUCUGGGGGUUCCUCGUCAUGGCAGUUGUUGGUCUUGCAACAGCUACAACAUUGGCAGAGCUCGCAUCGGCCAUGCCUCAUCCCGGUGGACAGUAUAUCUGGGUCAAUCGUUUAUCCCCGCCCCGAUAUCGCCGCUUUCUGUCAUACACAAUCGCUGUUGUCAGCUGGCUUGCCGCUGUUGCUACAGGUGCAUCGGCGUGUCUAUCGGUACCUACAGGCUUUUGCGCCAUCAUCUCUCUGCUCAAUCCCAAUUUUGUGUACAAGCGUUGGAUGGGAUUUGUUGGGUUUCAGCUGUUGAACAUCUUGACCGUCAUUUGCGCCAGUUUUGAGCACGCGCUCCCACGAAUCUCCAAGAUCAUGCUCCUCUUUAGCUGCAUGACGAUUGGUGUUAUCUUCAUCACGCUGUUUGCCAUGUCUGAUAGCCACGCUUCUGCGAAGGACUAUUUCACAACCUCGGUUAAUAUUUCAGGUUGGCCAAAAGGAAUUGCCUUUAUCAUCGGGAUGAAUGGUGCCAAUUGGAGUUUUUCCUGCCUCGAUGUUGCUACACACUUGGCUGAAGAAAUGCCAUCGCCCAGCACCGACAUCCCCAAAGCUCUGAUGUGGACUAUCGUUGUCGGAUUUGGAUCGGGGCUCUUGGUUGUGACCUCGGUUCUCAUCAACGUACCAACCAUAGAUGGAGCCGCGGAUAACUCAGCUCUUUCUCUAUUUUACAUGAUCACCAAGAGCAAAGCGGCCGCCGUCGGUUUGUGGGUUCCUGUUCUUAUCACAACAGCUGGCGCGGUUUGGUCAAUCCAGACAUGGCAGUCCCGCCUUGCUUGGACCAUCAGCCGCGAAGGUGGCUUUCCGUUGCAUCGCCAUCUCAGCAAGCUUGCGCCUGCUCCUUUUCAUACCCCCAUCUGGUCGUUGAUCUGGUCUGCCUCCGGAACUGCUCUCUUCGGCUGCCUCUAUCUCGGGUCGGAUCUUGCCUUCAACUCUCUGAUCUCGACGGGCCUGUUGCUCCAAUACAUUAGCUACAGUGUCCCUGUUAUCUUGGUCCUUUUGCAAGGACGCAGUAAUUUUCAACAUGGCCCAUUCUGGUACCCCAAGCUUGGACUGGUUGCCAAUAUUGUCAUGCUGUCAUGGGCAAUGGUUGCUCUUGUGUUCUAUUGUUUCCCUUACUACACGCCCGUCACAGCUAUGCAGAUGAAUUAUGCUUCCCCAGUCUUGGUCGGUAUUGCUCUUUUGUCUUUGUUCUUUUGGUUCUUCCAUGCCAAGAAGAAUUAUGAAGUAAAGGAGAUUUGGAAUGCCUGA